GACCGCCACCAGUAUCGAAUGUACGAUCCCCGCGAAUGGAAGUCGGAACCGUGUGACGACGUCGCGCAUUACCUUUUGAGUUUGUUGGAAUUUGUCAAGUAGCAGCACUAGCAGCGGCAGGUAACAAGUUCCGAAUCCAGAAAAAGACUUACGAGCGAGAGAGAGAGAGAGAGCGAGAAGAAACUGGUCGCCUGUUCCGGUGUGCAAAGAAGACAAAAAUACCUUACAGCACACACCUGUUUUUUUUUUGUGUGCUACUAUCUAUACGACCCGUUCGUGGUUGUAAGGUAUCUUUUAUUUUUUAGUGUUCGAACGAAACAGAGCAAAAAAGUGCGCGAGGAGAAAAUGCAUAUUUAAUCAAAGUUGAUAAUUCAGUCGGGUGUCUAAGUUGGGUUAGUUGGAAGUUUGCUGUGGCAAGGGUGUCACCAGAACCAGAGAGCUCUAAGUAAGUUAUUUCGAGUGUCGCGCGCUGCUAGCGAAAAAGUAUCCGGGUGCGAUCACAUUCCCUGUCGAAUUCGACGACGAUAGGACGGAUAGUGUGUGCGGUAGUAUUCUAUCCAUCCGUGUCACGCUUCUCUUGUUUUUGGGUGCGUACAACUACGCUUCAAAAAUAGACCGAGCAACGCAGCAGUCUCUGACUGGUGCAGGCGGGGGUGUCGGGAGGACCGAGGAGGACCAUAGUUGAAAUUGAAGAAGAAAAAGAAGACGAAGUGUCACACCGUGGCGGUGGUGGUGGUCUAGUGUGCGGAGAAAGUUUUGUGGUCAAGCGACUGUGUGCGGUGAGACCUUUUCUUGGGUCCGAGAGCGCGCGCGCGUGUGUAAGGGAGUCGGCAAGCUCAAACAACAGUAACAACAAAAACAACAGUAAACCAUGAUGACAGAAACCGUGGUAACGGUUGAACAGUCGCAGGCGGCUCCUGGUUCCAAUGCAGCUCACCAGACACAGGCCAAACCGGACAAUAGUCUCAAUUGGAUCAAGUUCAAUGUGCAGUACUUCCAGUCGAUUCCGGGGAUUUUGAAGGUGGUGCAGUUGAUAAUCGGCAUCAUCUGCAUGGCCUGUGCUUCCCCUGCCCUGGUUGGAGGAACCCACUGGUUUCUGUUCGUGGUGAUCACCUCGUUCAUUGCGACCGUGCUGUGGAGUUUCGUAUAUCUGCUUGGGAUUCGUGAAGUGCUGAACCUUCCGAUCAACUGGAUUCUGACGGAACUACUGAACACUGGCAUCGCGACGUUCCUGUAUUUCAUUGCGUUCAUUGUGCAGCUGGCGUCGUGGUCCAAUUACCACUACCUCGGAAGGGGUUCGAACAUUGCGGCUGGCGUCUUCGGACUGUUCAACUUCCUGGCGUACGCGAUCGGCACAUAUUUCCUGUACGUGGAGUACAAAUCCAGUGGCGUGUAACACAUUAUCUGCGCAUCAACAAACAUCACAAACAUUUGUAGAAGUAAACUCUAUAUGCUAGCGCUGCAUGGUACUCGUCAAUACGGAAUAAAAUACGCGCUAGUGGGAAACGAAGCAAGGGAACAACGCCGACGUCUUCGGUUCCCGAUUUCCAAAAGCAACAUUAAACUGAUCUGACGAAACUGAUUUACCACCACCAUCACCACUUCGACGAGGACGACGACGAUUUAUAUCUACUACUAUCUUCUACUACUUCUACUACUACCCCAUCUUCGUUUAGCCCUUGACUCGAUAUUCAAUGACGUAGUACAGAUUACUUACAAACUUUACAAACUUACAAUAUUCAAAUUGCAAAUUGCCAGCUGCUUAAGUAGCUUUUUUUGUAAAGGAACAGCAUUUGUAGACAAAAAAAACAAUUACCUACAAACUGCAUUUUACUAUCUAGAGACGCACAUUGUUUUGUUUGCGUUCAUUUUUUUUGUUAAACUAAUAGUAAUAUAUUGUUUUUACUAGUACCUAAUGAAUUAAGGAAAAAGGCACAACAAUCCAAGAUGCAAUAUUGACAUACGUUUACAAACAACAGAAGAAAAAAAAGAAUAGAAAACCAAAACAUCACAAAACUAACGGAUACAACCGAAGCCAUUUAUUUUUUUUAUUUAUAACAUGUUCGUUAAGUAAAACAAAAACUAAGGAAACUUUUUUCGAAUGGAACUAGAUAAUUUAAAUUGUGUAACGAUAGAUGAAAAAAAAAGAUUGUCACAUUCGUUAAUUUAUUAUGGCUAAAAAAACGCUAACAAGAACACACAUCAGUCAAGCAUAAAAAGAGGGAAACGGUUCCCUUCCAGGUUCGCGUAAUUCCUCGUACUAACCGAUUCGAUCGAAAUAGAUUAUCAGGAAAGUUAUCGAACUUAUAAUAGGACGCUAAGAGAAAGUAAGUUUGUUUUCGAAAGUACAUAAACAUAUUUAUAAGUU